CACCCUUUUCGGUGUGGUACUAUGCAGAGCUUAAAACUUUACCAAAUCUAAUAAUCUUCCUCUUCUCUCUCCUUCUUGGUCUCCCCAUCCAUGGGGUUCUCAUGAUAAAGCUUUUGGGGUUUCAAUUCAUCAUCUUGAAAAACAUGUCCAUCAUGAAGAACCAUUUCAAAGACCCUGAACAUUUAUACUCUCCAUGGAGCUUCUCAAAGCUCACGGCUUUCUUCUUCCUCUUAAUCUCCAUCUCCUACCUCUUCUACUCCCUCAGAUUCGUCAGCCACUCCUAUGACUGUGAUCAACCACCCCACAUUCCCACCAUCACUCACCACCACACAUCCAACCCCCCACCUCAACAAAAGCCUCCACCUUUUGAAGAAACCAACCUUUCCCACAUAGUCUUUGGCAUAGGGGCCUCGGCCAAGCUCUGGAAGCAGCGAAAGGAGUACAUCAAGAUGUGGUGGAGGCCCAAUGAGAUGCGUGGAGUUGUGUGGUUGGAGCAGAGGGUGAAGACUGAACCCGGUGAUGAAAAUUCCUUACCCUUGUUGAGGAUCUCCGGUGACACUUCAAGGUUCAAGUAUAAGAAUCCAAAGGGGCAUAGAUCGGCGAUUAGAAUCUCACGCAUAGUGUCUGAGACUCUGAGGCUUGGGAUGAAAGAUGUGAGGUGGUUCGUGAUGGGGGAUGAUGACACCGUUUUUGUGGCAGAAAAUCUGGUGAAGGUUUUGCAGAAGUAUGACCAUAAGCAGUUCUAUUACAUUGGGAGUUCUUCAGAGAGUCAUUUGCAGAAUAUAUACUUUUCUUACAAUAUGGCUUAUGGGGGUGGUGGUUUUGCCAUCAGUUAUCCUUUGGCUGUGGCAUUGGAGAAAAUGCAAGAUAGGUGCAUUCAGAGGUACCCUGGCCUGUAUGGUUCUGAUGACAGAAUUCAAGCUUGUAUGGCAGAAUUAGGAGUUCCUCUCACCAAGGAGAAAGGCUUCCAUCAGUUCGAUGUGUACGGCAAUCUCUUUGGGCUUCUGGCGGCCCAUCCACUUACACCGCUGGUAUCCCUACAUCACUUGGACGUGGUAGAGCCCAUAUUUCCAAACGUGAGCCGGGUGCGGGCUCUGGAGCGGCUGAACGGGCCCAUGAAGCUGGACCCAGCCGGGCUCAUGCAGCAAUCUAUUUGCUACGACAAGGGUCGGACCUGGACCGUAUCCGUUUCGUGGGGAUACGCGGUUCAAAUAUUCCGGGGCAUUUUCUCGGCCAGGGAAAUGGAGAUGCCGGCGAGGACGUUCCUCAACUGGUACAGACGGGCCGAUUACACGGCGUACCCGUUCAACACCCGCCCUGUCAGCCGCCAUGUUUGUCAGAAACCUUUUGUCUAUUUCUUGUCAGAGGCAGUGUAUGACAGUGCUGCAAAUGAAACUUCAACCCAUUACAUUCGGGUUCAGGAAAACCCCGAUUGCAAGUGGAAAAUGGAGGAUCCGACCCGGAUCAAAUCGGUGGAAGUUCGUAAGAAAAUCGACCCGCAUUUGUGGGAUAAGGCUCCAAGAAGAAAUUGUUGUAGGGUUCGACGCACGAAGAAGAAAGGAACUAUGGUGAUUGAUGUUGGGGAAUGCAGGGCAGAUGAAGUUGUUGAAUUGUAGUUAUAGAUCCUUUACAUCAAUUCAUCAUUCUUAACUCAAUCCCUUGGUAUAUGAAUUUUUUCCUUCUACUUUAUAUAUAAUCAUUUACUUUCGGCGUU